AUGGAGGGUAUCCAGGACUAUUCAAGUGACUCUAGUGACGAAGAAGAGCAAGGCAUUGAUAUAAACACCACCAAUAACAAACGUUCGCUACCACCACUUCCACAAGAUCUAGCUGAUAAAUUUACCAAAAGACCAAAGUUACCACAUCCAGAAUUCUACGACAAUCCAAACUAUAAAAAUAAUAAAACCACAACGAUGGCACCAGUUGGUAGAUUACUUCGACAGUUUACUUAUAUUGAUAUAAGGCCUUCAAGACAACUUUCUGACCAAAUAAGUGAUUUGAAUGAAAUUUUGAAAAUGUAUUUACGAAUGAAUGGGUAUGGUGAAUUGUUGACUAGAUUUGAAAGAUUACAUCUAUCAGAACUAUCAGCUCCACAAGCUUUACAUAUCUCACUAACAGGGGAAACACUGUUUACAAAGGAAGGUUGCAAACUCUAUAAUGAUGAAUUGUCAAAGAAAUUAAAAACUAUUGAGAUGGGUAAUGAAGAUUCAAAUUCAAUCACAUUUGAUAAAAUCAAAGCAUACCCUAAUUUUGAUUCAACGGGGAUUUUCCUUGCAAUGUCAGUUUCUCAAAAAUCAAGCAAAACCAUAAGUAAGAUACUUCAAGCUGUUCAAGAGUUAGAAUCUAAGUACGUUGUGAAAGAUAGUUCACGAUACCCUAUAUCUCCAGAGAAUUUGCACUGCUCAAUUGCACGGGUCUUGACGCCAGUGGAUUAUUUAAAGGAUCCAAAAACUCUUCAGCAAAUCAACGAGGUGUUCAAAGAUCUUGAAGUUCCAGAGAGUUUGGAAUUUAAAUAUUCUACUGUCAAAGUUCUUGAAGACUCUAGAUCAUCAUUAUCAUUCCCUAUAGAAGCUUUCACGACAAAAACAAGCCCGUCACCAUCAACAUCAACAUAG